UCGAAAGUCAAACGGUAUGCGCUGUGUUUCGUUUAUUUCUUUUGAAAAUCCGUACAACACUGUGAAAUAAAUCGAUACUUAUUAAAAAUUACUUCCAACAUUCCAAAAACUUUAGUAAGACUUUCAAAUUUUUCACAUUAGAAACCUCUUUGGUGUUUGCGUGUUUAUGAAAAAAUGUCUUCACCGACCGAGGAGAGCGUAAGACGUAAUAGUGAGAGCGAGAGUGGUGAUGCGGGGACUCCAGAUCACGAUCCUCACUACGACCCUAUUGUCUCGUUGCCGUUAGUGGAGGUCCCCACUAAUGAAGAGGAAGAAGAGGAAUUGGUAAAGAUCAGAGCAAGACUCUACAGAUACGACACAAGCGAUCAUGAGUGGAAGGAGCGUGGUACUGGAGACAUAAAACUACUGCGCCACAAGAUAAACAACUCAGUCAGGGUGGUGAUGAGACGUGACAAAACUCUGAAAGUGUGCGCCAAUCACUUCAUCACCCCUGAUAUACGUAUGAAUGUACACUGUGGAUCAGACAAGGCAUUCAAUUGGUCAGUUUUUGCUGACUUUGCUGAUGAGCAGUGCAAACAGGAAUUACUUGCUAUUAAAUUUGGCAAUCCACAAAAUGCUCAGCUGUGGAAGACAAAGUUUGCAGAAGCUCAAGAAAUUGUCAGAACCAAGUGCAGUCUUUACACACAAGAUCCGUCAUCCGACGAAGACGAGAGCAGUAUCACAAGAAGCGAGGACACUGACACCCCUGAACCCAAGUCAGUUGAUAAAGAUGACAGUACAAAAAAAGAACUCAAUAUCGACAAAGACUCUGAAGGUGUCGUCAUAAAACUGAAAGAGCUUAAAGUAGACAAUGACAAGUCGGAAUAGUUUGUGAAGGCACUAUUUUCUAUAAAUGCCAUUUAAAUAUAUUAUUUUAUUGUUCUUUGAUCUUUACAAAGUUGGUUAUGAACUUUGAAAACUUAGAAGCUUAAGAUUUUAAUAAAUGACAUAUCAUUUGAUAAAA